AACCAGUGAAGAGGAGCUUACACUCCACUGUAAAAGUAGGAGACUACCUAUAUAUGUGGGGUGGGUUCGGGCCUGGAGUACACUAUGAUGUGAUGGAGGUGUAUCACUUACCAACUGGUGCUUGGGACCAGAAACCUACCACCGGUACUCCACCACCAGGCACCAGGGGCUACUCAGCUAUUGCAAUUGGGAAGAACAUAUACUAUUUUGGUGGAUAUGAUGAGUAUCUCCAUCACAACAAUGUGCAUUGUUUCAAUGUGGAUUCAUUCAACUGGAGGGAACUCUCUCCUUCUAGUUCUGAUCGUGGUCCAAUAAUGAAGGGCUACUAUGGAAUGGUAUCAGCUCAUUUUGACGGUCAAGACUGUCUUGUAAUAAUUGGAGAAACCAAAGGAUCAUCUCCUAUCACUACUCAAAAGCAACUUGGAGCCCAGUAUUCAGCUGGUGGUAGAUGCAAUGAGAUACACUAUUACAGGAUUUCAUCAGAUCAAUGGAUAUCUCCUGUUGUUACUGGAGACAGACUACCUUCUAUUGAGGACUUCACGCUAACACCAGUUACUAAUAACACUGCAGUAAUUUUUGGAGGUGAUACUGAUAAUAGAGCCAGUAAUAAACUGUAUAUGAUAAGUUUCACUAAGACAUCAGUGGAUAUAUUAGAAGUGCCUAAUCCUGGAGGAUCAGUACAAUGGCCUAAGGGAAGAGCAGCUCAUUCCAGUGUACUGAUUACCACUAGUUCGGGACCACACUUACUAAUGGUGGGUGGAUCACCUGCCUAUGAUGCAUGGUUACUGGACAUUAACAAAAGAAAAUGGAAAGAACUUAUUAAUUUACCAGACAAUGUCACUAAGAGACACUGGCAUUCUCUCUCAGUGUGGAGUGUGACCCCAUCUACUAACUGGAUGAUUGAGUUUGGAGGAAUUAGAAAUGAUUUAACAACAAUAUUAAGUGAUACACUAGUUACUGAAUUCAGUAAGUACAUGUAGACAGUAGUAUAUACAAUGUGCAUUGAUGAAGUAAGUAAUUCUUGUGAUGAAUAUUUAAUGAGAGCAUUUGACGUAUACUAAUUCAUUCCUGCUAUGCACAAUAGUAGAAUAUAAUGACUGAAAAUACAAAACACUGAUAUUAAUAUAAUGGAUCUAUGUAUUUAUGGGACAAAGUGUUCUAAUUGGGCGAAGCCCGCUAAGAUGAAGUGCAGUCUUUCUGUAUGGGGUAGUAGGAUCGUCUAACUAUUAUGAAAGUUAAUUAGCCUAAUCUUGGUUGAUUUUUUUCAAAUGCUCAGCAAACUGCUAUCCAAAAACUUCUCUUGCAGCAAGGUAAAUUAUACAGCACAACCAUAGCGUGGCUCAGGGCUGAACUCCUUCAAAUGUUUUACAUUUUUCUUUGUUAACUGUGUAAACUGACAGAAGUCAGACAUACCAUGAUUCGACAUGCAUAGAUCCAUCAAU